GUUCUUCCUGUCCUCAACCAACUAACUCAGUACUGCCUCGCUAUAUGCGCAUUAUAUAGAUCGCCACAGGGGAUUACGACAGGAGCUCAUCCGAAGAAACUCGCUUUUAACAUCUUUUUUCCAACUCCGUAGUACAGUACAUUCCCCCUGAGAAAUGGAGGCGUGGCCUCGUGACCAUCCAGGCCAGAUAGGAGGCACUGGCACGAUCUCCUUAUACAUCCGUUACAAAGGCGAGAAGGCACGCCUAUUCAACCAGUGGAAGGACGAUACGCAGAAGUACAUUGAAUCCUUCGUCAAUGAGGACAUCGAAGCCCUCGGCUUGCCUCAGUAUCACUCUUGCGAGAGCACCUGGCGCUCCGCCGCCAUAAAAUGCGUAUGGACCAUCACGCAUAAAGGGCCUCUGGAAGGGACCGUAUUGUCGGCGUUCCAGAACGUGCGCUCCUAUCCGACACUAUUGGCAGAUCGUUUCAUGUCACUCGUCAGUAUGAGCAUCCGGGGCUCGCGCCUUCACAUUCCUGCACCAGGCUUGAGAGCUCCAUCGGACUUCAUCUCCCCUGCCAGUGGGGCGCAGUCUCCCUCAGCGCUAUAUUGGCCAACGAGCGGUAAGGCGCCCAGCGCUACGACUUCGAUCGCUCGCGCAAGAGCUGCCGCUUCACCUCUAUCCCGCCCAGCCGGUUCAUCUACGGCACAGCCCAGUGCAACUACAUCCCGUAGUUACUCUCCUAGCUUCUCAUCGGCGCCGCCAUCGGUGGAUCAGUUGCCCAGGACGAGAGUGGAUCAGACGGCGUCCGCCUCAAAGGGCCUUCCGCUUCGGUCGAAGUUGGCUGCGAACGGUUCGAAACAGACGUCAGCGACGCCAUCUAAUCAGGGUGAUAGACCUCUAGCACCUCAGGCACAGGCAGGCAUGCGGGUCCCCAUGAACAAGGAUACGCAGCCCUCUAGCCUGACCUUCUCGCAGCCCCAAAUCAAAAUCGAGGAACGAAACAACGACCAUGCGCUCCGCCAAUCAUCUAUCGCGUCCCGCGCCGCGAGCUCCUCCAUCCGCGUACCUCCAGCGUCAACAUCCCCGUCUAUGCCAACUCCUCCAGGCCCCUCGGCGCAGCCUGCUGAGGCUUCUACCAACGCAGCACCCGAACGGCAGUGGGGGGCAAGCGCGAUCGUGCCCCUGACGGAUAAACUGGAAGCCUGUAGGCAACAAAUCACAACCCUAGUUGCACGCGAGAAGGUACUCGCGCGACGGCUGGUGGAGUGCGGCGUGCAUCCUCCGCCAGAGCCGUCGGUCAUGACCACGAAGGAGGUCGUCAAGGAACGCAAGACGUUGCAAGACGAGAUCUCCGCUAUGCGCGCUCAACUGCACGCAGAAUCGGAGGCGCGCCGCACAGCGGAGUCUGCGCUGCAUGAGGAACGAGGACGGCGUGAGCUCGCGGAGGGCGCGAUGAUAGACGUGCGAAGGGAAUGCAACGCGCCGUUCAUUGUGCCUGCACUCAUGGAUGCGUUCCUGGGCAUCUCGCGCCUGACAGGAGAGCUGUUAUCCGGCGGGGUGGAACAUUAACAACCUUAGGCGACUCCGUGCGUGGUCUAUAACUUAUUUGUAUAUAUUCCUGUGGGUCCAUGUGGACACAGUCUAGAUCGAUCCCCGCAUAUACGUACACACGAGGCUUAUCGGACACCGGGUUUCAUGCAAUCUCAGAUAGACUGUGAUGAUACAAUGACAAUACAAGGACGAUAGAUG